AACGAACCCCCAAUCAAAAGCACCUCUGAGCCUUGUCGCUUUAAAGAGAACGACAUCUAGGCAGGUACUUGCAGCUUGCUUCUACGAACGAAGAGCAGGCUCAGGUAGAACUCGUUACGGAGCCUCAUAGAUGGAGUGACGUUUGGGAAGACGCAAGCGCGCUGUCUAUAAUAGGAGGCAGACAUAUAAUUCCUCAACGACGGGAGGCUGUAGAAUGAGCGCAGGAUAGGCAAGGUAGUGGCGCAGUCAAGCGAGCAAGGCUCAGCCUUCUUGCUCAUGAGACAUGAUUCCUUCGAUCCCCUCGUCCUCUUCCACCUUAAACCACGGUAGAUCAGACUCUGCAGUAUGUCCCUGCUGUGGAAAAGCGCAAGCGACAAUCACUUGGAUCGGACUGCCGACAGACAUGGCACAUCGGGCGACGAAAGCGGCAUUGCGAGCCUAACGGUACGCGCAACGGACACGCGGCUUGAUAUGAUGAAGAGCUGGAUCAAAGAAUGCGAUGAGCAUCACGGCUCACAGUGCUGUACACCAAAAUCUGGCGCUAGUAUAUGGCCUAUGUGGGUCGUCGACGUCGUGGAUGAUUGCAUAGUCGAAGGCGAUAUUGCCGACCGUUAUCUCACACUAAGCUACGUGUGGGGUGGAGUACAAACGUUGCAGGCAACCAUUGCAAACAUCGAGCAACUCAGAAAGCCUGGAAGUCUCAACAGAGACAAAGUGGUCCUGCCCAAGACAAUACGACAGGCUAUAGACGUCACCCGGUUACUUGGAGAGCGAUACAUCUGGAUAGAUCAGCUAUCGAUCCUACAAGAUGAUGAAGAACAUAAGCAUGGUCAGAUUAAGCAUAUGGCGGAAAUAUACGCAAAUUCUUACCUGACGCUUGUUGCUGUUACGGGCAAAGUAGCGAACUCCGGUCUGGCAGACGACAUCGAUCAAAUGAUGAACGAAACUCCCCUCAACGAAAAAGAUGAUAAGUUUUAUACAGCUGAGUUCGUGGAACUCGCUAGCACAUGGAACCUUCGGGGGUGGACUUUCCAAGAACGAGUAUUUGCGCAGCGUACUUUAUUCUUCCUUGAGCUCGUUUCAGAUUUUGACCAAUUCGGCAAGGGAUGUCCCAGAUCUCUCUAUUGGGUAUGCCAACGAUCAUGGUGUUAUGAUUGGCAUCCUAGUAUAGCAACAGAAGCACACACAUCGCUUUGCAAGGGUGUGACCGAUAUGCGGUCUUACAAGGGCGUGACCGACGUGUGGCUUAACCAAGGUUACCGUUGGCCCAACUUCGAUCGUUACCUAAAGCUUUGCCAGUCAUAUUCACCAAGAGAAUUCACCUAUAAUUCCGACGUUGUUAUAGCAUUUGCAGGUGCUGCCACUUUACUUGCAAAGUCCUUUCCUGGUGGCAUACUAUAUGGACUUCCCGUACUGUUCUUCGAUAUUGCACUCUUAUGGGACUUUGGGUGGAGUUCUUCAGAAAGACAGUGGGGUGCGGCCCGUGAUGAGAGCAAUCGACCACCGAGUUGGUCAUGGAUGAGCCGGCAGGGAGAUCUCAUAGACCUCGAACAGUUGGUUGUCUUCAAAGGAAUAGCAUACAUUGAUACACCCUCAACGCUUGUGAUUACUCCACUUGUCCAAUGGUACUUCACCGGCGUGGGAGGCGCACAGGUUGCGGUCGCGAACGACUAUCACAAGUACAAGCGUUUCGCACAAGACGGCAAAAGUACCCCACCUCCCGGAUGGAGCCGCAUUGAAUCCUCCUCUGGCAAUUCUGGUACCUACGGAGAGAAGUUUUACGUCACACCAAAUGCUCCAAGGUUCAAGUUUCGUUUCCCAAUACCACUCAUGGAUCCGUCUUGCUCAGAGAUAACGAUACCAAUGCCUAUUUCGAAUCGUAUCAGAUGUCGGACUGAGCACGCCUACUUGUACGUGACAAUCCCGAAGUUCGAGCUGCGUUUACACAUCCUUGACACCAAAGGGAGAUUUUCGGGUAUCAUGAGCCUAUCAGACCCCGACUGGAUUGCACCACUUCGAGAAACCGAGACGAGAGCCGAACUCAUUGCGAUUUCGACCAGCAGUAUGACAAAAGAGGACUCACGGUAUAUAUUUGGUAAUGUAGAUGUGUAUUUUGAGUCUGAGGACAUAUACGAAUUCUACAACGUCCUUUGGAUCGAGUGGACAGACGGUGUCGCCUACAGAAAAGCCGUUGGUCGAAUCACGAAAGCAGUAUGGGAAGCAGCUGAUCGAGAGCCCAUCGAUGUGGUACUUGGAUGAAACAGAAUAGUCUCGAUAUAAUAGUUCCCGCGAUAACAUUCUUGGUUCAACUUGCACCAGAGCAUACCCUUGCUUUCAAU